AUGGGGCUGCCCUCGGGCCCCGUCGCCCGGAUUGCCGAUCGGAUCGCAGAAGCCGACGCUUGCGACUGCAACAUUCGUAGCCGAAGUGCUGGGCCCAGGCUCAUAGGCUACAGCGCGGGCGAGUUCCCCCGCAACCUUGGGCGCGCGCCAGGGGCCGCGGCAAGGGACGCGCCGCGGAGCGGGCAGGGGAAGCGCCAAGGGCCGAAGCCGGGGGAUGCGACAGCACACGAGCCAGGGGACGCGCCACGGCCGAGGUUCGGGGCCGACCAGUCGACGGCCCUGCUUCGCGACGCCGGAAAGUCUGGGAUCGCUGUCGCCGGGCUGAUUGCUUCCGCCCUGAGGGCGGUGCAGCGCGAGACUCGGAGACCGUGCGCCCUCGUGCAGACGCAGGCCCUAGAGGCCAUGCUGCCCUCUGGCGAGCCCCUCCUCGAGUGGGGCACCCUCGGCAGGUACCACCAGACCUCCUUCGUGCUGCCCACAGGCCCGCAGACGGGGAUCCUGAACCAGACGCCGCGUUCCACGCUGCGCGAGCUGCGCGAGCGCGUCCCCGUGAGAGGCGAGGCGCGGGUUUCGCGGUCGGUGAUAGUGCCGAACUUCGUCCGCCCAGGGCACACCUCCGUCCUGCAUGUCGACUCGCUCCGCCCGCACUUGCACUGGCGGCGCCAGGCCAACCGGCCGAUGGAUACGGUCGGCCCCUCGCUGGUGCAUCCCAGCGACAUGGAGCCGCUCCCGGACCAGUUCGUGAACCCCGCGCUCGGGAGCAUACGGAGCUGGAGGCGCAAGGAAGUUACGUGCAAGGCUUCGACACGCUACGGGCCCGACGGCCGCUUCUCGCGAGCUGGCCCAGACGAUCGCCGCGACUGUCGACACGGCGCAGCUCGCCAUGGAGUUUCUGCAAAGGGUGCUUUUGCUCGAAUUCCUGCAUCCAACAGUUCGUCAUGUUCUUGAUUUGUUCGUCGAAAAUGCAACUCUCUUCGUGUUCCUGGUCGUGGAUGUCCUCCGCAAGCAUGCUGCGCCCUGACUGUGGUCGUCUUUGGCCGUGGAUGCCGAAAAAGAGCCAGAAAGAGACACAAGGGUUGUUGCUCUGGAAGCGCGGUGCGGAUUUCCGCGCACAAGGAUCUCUGCCAUUGCAUGCACGGCCCCAGGAGUAGCUCCUCACAGCGGGGCUCACGGCAGAGAUCGUUUCGAACGGCAGGACGUGCAGUGCCACGCCAACGUUCGUUGCGUGAUCUGCAAUGGCUGCGCGGGCCAUGCGUAGGGUGACCAGCCUGCCCCAUGUCAAAGGAGGGAAAACAUCACCCCGAGCCCUCAGAAGCAGCGCUUCAUAAACGACUCAAUAGCCUUGCCC